AAGAUAUUUUGGAAUCAUGUCGUUUAAGGAAGUGUACCAUACGGGAAAUAGUCUAUCUGAGAAAGUCGUCAUAACAAGAAGCGGUUCAUCUGGGAAGCGGAUAUUAUAGUCCUAAAGAAGCCCAGUAAAGUAAGAGACCCGCGUCUGUCAAACAACAAAAAUAAAAAAUAGGGAUAACCAUUAACAAGGGAAAGAAGAUCACACAAUCAUAAAGAACAUAAAUUUUGAAUAAUCUAAGUGACAAUGUCUAUCAUGACGUAAUUGUUCAAUAAACACUGAAUAGUCAACUUCAAGUCAACAAAAAAUUGGUCAAUGACGAUGAUCGAAAUUCUCCGUUGAAUAUGAAUAGUACUUAAAAAAUGAACAGAAAUCAACGCAAAUAUGGUAGGGGUCCAGCGAGGUUUAAUGCACUAGCUGAUAAUCUGGCAAAGAGUGAGCCUUUCAAGAAGAAUGAUAUUGAAGAAGUGUUAGCACCCAAAGCCAGGUCUCAGGGUAAGCCUGUGAAACCUAUGACCAACAGAUGCUGCUUUGUUAGUCCAGAUUGCAAAGAUUUUGGACAACAGCAGAAUGAAACUCAGCAGGACCAGUACCAACAAUUAAUCCUUGAACAGUACGGCUUCGACCCAGUAUUGCCUGAUACUAUAAACCAGUUGAAAGAACUAAGAAAAGUGCUCUGUGGCAACAGCUCUAAGGUUGAAAAUUGCUCACAGUAUGUUAAUCCGAAGGAAAAAACUACAGAGUUAGGAUCAGAUGAGUUUGGUUGGCAAAACAUUGACAAUGCUGAUGAGAUUGAUAAAUACAUAAAAGAUGACAAAGAAAAAUUGGAAUCAGACACUUCGCUCCCCCAAAACGUUCACAUAUCAGAGAUACCUAGAGUGAAAAUAAUCGCUGAAAAGUACUCGAAAUUGAAGAAGAAUAACGUGGAAGUCCGCCAGUUGGUAGAGAAAGUUGUUUGCAUCGAGUACGACAUUUACAAGGGGAACAAUACGGCUAAGCCUAAACAGAAGCUUAGAGCUUUUUUCGCUGUGAAACCAACGGCGAAAGUUGGAAAAGACGGUAGUAAAGAUAAUCUACUCCUACUCAAAGAGAAAUUCGACAUUGGCGAAGAGGACUUAAACAAACUAAAUCGCAAGGAAAUCGAGAUAAUCGACGGCAAGAUACAGGAAAACAAACCGUAUUUGGAAGACUUAAGGCGCAUACUCAAACGCAACCAGGCUAUAUACACUAAAAAGAAUAAAACAUCGCUAGAUUUACUCUCCUUGUAUGAAAUGGCGAAGAAAGAAAGUCCUUUUUUGGACGAAGAGUUUUCUCAUACAAAUUUUUUAUCUAAAGCCGAAUUGGAAGAAUUUAAGCAAUUGAUAUUGAAAAAGUGUACGUCUAGCGUCACUGGGAUAAGUAGAAAGAAGGUGAGAACGGACAGAGACAAUCUGUCAGAGCAGGACAAAAAAUGCGAUGAUCUCUCCAAUAGUCUAGUCACUGUACUGUUGCAAGAGUGA